AUGACCCUACUUACGAUUGUCACGCUGGCAUUGGCAGCUCCACUGCCGUCGGAUGACUUGGUCAGCAAGGCCAUCCACCGGAGCACUUGCGGUGACGUGCCUGGGCAGAAGACGCCUCUGGGCACUGUGGGUAUCAUAAACUGCCCGAAUGGAUGCAGACGCAGCCUGCAAGACGUCGUCACCGUUCACCAGCUCGAGAGCAGAGCGGAUGACGAGAGCGCAAGCACCAGCGGCGCAGCUGAGAAUAGCGAACCUCUUCACCAACCAGCGAAUCCUCCUGCAGAAGUGACGUGGCACCCUCCAACUUUGCAGGGCAUUACCAACGUCCACGCUCAAAAGGACAUCACCGAGGCGGUCGCUGAUUUCGCCGCAGCCGAGCCCGAAAUUGCUGCGAUGCACAUCACGCACGUAGAGCCGGACGAGAAUAACAAGUACAAAGUCACUGCAAAGGUGCUCGAUACUAAUCGAUUGGUAGACAACAUUCGCGCGGUGCUGUCCGUAGCAUCGACCCACCCGUUGAUCUGAACCGUCGCUGCUGCUCACUCGUGCUCCCACGCACACGCCCACGUUCACACCAUUCUCUUGAUCCUUGUAAAGUGUUUACUACACGCAGAGUCUCAGAACGCAGUACUACAUAACAUCGAGAAAGGGGCAAGUGAUCGGAGAAUUACGUGACGUGUCGAUUCUGACGAGUGCGCGGUAUUGAAGGAGCUGGUCGUACCUUUAAAGCGGGACGCG